AGUAAAGUUCUUCAAAUUCGAUCGUGGAGGACGGUAGGUUAUCUGCCAAACUAGGCGAAGAAAAUAGCCGGCAAAUUCGUUGGAAGCUCUAUUUUUAUCCUUUGGUUUACAGAGGGAGGAGUUGGAUUGAUUAAAGCUCGAGCUAUCUGAGCUAUGUGGAAAUUUUGCAAUCUGAUGGCUGAAAGUGGGGCGAAAUGGCAUGUGCUGAGACCGCUGGUAAUGAUUGCAUUAAACUUUCUUAUGGCUUCUGUGUUUGUUUCGGCAGAUCGGAGCCUGAAAUUUCAGGGUUCAAGGUACAGAGGACAUGAAGAGGUCCUUAAAUCUCCGAUAUUUCCGUUAUCGUGGCAUUCAAAUGAAUUAGAUUAUCAACAUGUCUGGCCAGAUAUGAAAUUUGGAUGGGAAAUCAUUGUGGGUUCACUAAUCGGAUUCUUUGGAGCAGCUUUUGGGAGUGUAGGAGGUGUUGGUGGGGGUGGGAUCUUUGUUCCCAUGCUUACCUUGAUUAUUGGAUUCGAUGCGAAAUCAUCAACAGCAAUUUCAAAAUGUAUGAUCAUGGGUGCAGCCACUUCAACUGUUUUCUACAAUCUUAAGCUAAGACAUCCAACUCUUGAUAUUCCCAUCAUUGACUACGAUUUGGCACUUCUCUUCCAACCGAUGCUCAUGCUGGGGAUCAGUAUCGGAGUUGCUUUUAAUGUGAUCUUUGCUGAUUGGAUGGUCACCGUUCUGCUAAUUGUUCUCUUUCUUGGUACUUCAACUAAGGCAUUCUUCAAGGGAGUUGAAACAUGGAAAAAGGAAACUAUAAUGAAGAAGGAAGCUGCACAACGCUUGUUGGAGUCAAAUGGCACUGAAGAUGUUCAAUACAAGCCUCUACCUAGUGGCCCCAGCAAUAACCCUCAAAAGGAGACCAAAGGAUCUGGAGAACCAGCGGUCCCUGUUCUUGAGAAUGUCUACUGGAAAGAACUUGGCAUUCUUGUUUUCGUAUGGAUUGCAUUUCUUGCCCUGCAAAUUGCAAAGCACUAUACACCAACCUGUUCGGUAGCAUAUUGGGUUUUGAACUCGUUACAGGUACCGGUUGCCGUGGGAGUGUCCUUGUAUCAAGCAAUCGGCCUCUUCAAAGGAGAGAGAGUGAUCGCUUCCAAGGGGGAGGCAGGGACAAACUGGAAAGUUCAUCAACUGAUUCUCUACUGUUCAUGUGGUGUACUGGCUGGUAUAGUUGGGGGACUGCUCGGUCUAGGUGGAGGAUUUAUUUUGGGUCCUCUUUUCUUGGAGUUGGGCAUCCCUCCUCAGGUCUCAAGUGCUACUGCCACCUUUGCCAUGACAUUCUCCUCAUCCAUGUCAGUUGUAGAAUAUUACCUUCUUAAACGUUUCCCAGUCCCAUAUGCUCUCUACUUUGUUGCCGUAGCAACGAUUGCUGCCUUUGUAGGGCAACAUGUGGUGAGAAAGAUAAUUCUUAUCAUAGGAAGGGCAUCACUCAUCAUCUUCAUUCUGGCUUUCACAAUUUUUGUGAGCGCAAUCUCACUAGGUGGAGUUGGCAUAUCAAAUAUGAUUGAGAAGAUUCAGAAUAAGGAAUACAUGGGUUUUGAGAAUCUAUGCAAGUAUGAUGCUUAGCAU